AUGUCUGAGUACAUCGGUGCCCAGAUAUCUCUGGUAUCCAAGAGUGACAUCAGAUACGUCGGAACCCUCCACGAGAUCAACUCCGAGAACUCGACCGUCGCCCUCGAAAAUGUCAGGUCCUUUGGUACCGAGGGACGCCGCAACGGCGAGGACGAGAUCGCUGCCUCUGACAACAUCUACGAGUACAUUGUCUUCCGUGGCAGCGACGUGAAGGACCUCCGGAUAGAGGGCAAGGUCGAGGAGCCCAAGCCCGCGCCGCCGCCCAUGCCCAAUGAUCCGGCUAUCCUUGGCGCUGCUCGUCCUGCUCAGUCCACCCCGCAAGGCGGCCAGCAACCGCCGCCUCCAAACUUCCCCAAUCCGCAGCACUUCCAACCGCCGUAUCCGACCUCCGGUCCCGGUCCUUACCCGCCCUUCCAGAACACUCAUUUCGGUCCUCCUGGUGCCUAUCCUGGUGGCCCUGGUGGUCCCCCUCGUGGUCCCGGUGGCCCUGGGGGUCCUGGCGGCCCGGCUGGUUUCCCUGGAUAUCCUGGCAUGCCGUACGGUGCGCCCCCCGGUUGGUACCCUCCUCCCGGCCAGGGUUUCCCGCCGGGUCCUCCUGGCCCCUUCUCGCCGCACCCCAACCAGAUGCCCGUCGGCCCGCCUGGACAAGGUCCUAAGCCCGGCCCGCCUGGUCCCGGUAAGGAACAGAACCCGGUCGAGGCAGAUGCCGCCCCCAAGUCUGCCGAGGAGAAGAGCAAGACUUCUACGCCUGCGCCAGCUCCUGGCCCGGCGCCAACUCCCCCCGUCGAGUCCAAGCCUGACACCGCUGCCGCUCUGGCGCCCGCUCAGCCCAACGCGGCUGCCGCCCCGCCGACUGGACCCAAGGCGGCACCUACUGGUCCGAAGAAUGGUCGCAUAGUUCCCGUUGUUCCCCUUGCUACGCCCGGUCAGAAGGCUGCCGCUCCUGCCGCUGCCGCUCAGUCCCCUCAUGCCCCUGAACAGGGAGCCAACCCGCCGCAGCAGUACCGUGAUGCUACGCAAGCUGCCACUGCUGCUGUGGCCGCAGCGAUGGCCAAGCUCAAGCCGCAGGGCGGAGCUCCUCCUGUUCAGGGUGGCGAUGCAGCCAUCACGAACCUUACACAGAAGGUUGCGGAGAUGCGUGCCGACGAUAGGGCCAGGCACGGCAAGCCGCCUGUCGCUGGUGGUUUCCCUCAGCGUGGAGGUCGUGGCGGCCGCCGCGGUUCCGGUCGUGAUCAGCACAGCAAGCCUUUUGAAGUUCCCGGGACCGAUUUUGAUUUCGAGUCUUCCAACGCAAAAUUCAACAAGCACGAUCUGGUGAAGGAGGCCAUCGCUACAGGCUCUCCUCUGGGUACCCCUGGCGAGGAGAUCGAAGAACCCAACGGAGCAACCAAUGGUGCCGUGCCUGAGAAGGAGUCGGUUGUCAUCCCUGCGGCUUCGUACAACAGGAGCAGCUCUUUCUUCGACAACAUCUCGUCGGAGCUGAAGGACAGGGAGGAGGCCAGGGGCAAGCUGGGCGGCCACGAGUUCCGCACCGAGGAGAGGAGGAAGAACCUCGAGACGUUCGGGCAGGGCAGCGUCGACAACUACCGCGGUGGCUUCCGCGGCCGUGGUCGUGGCCGGGGCGGCUUCCGUGGCCGCGGUGGCUUUAGCCGUGGCCGUGGCGGCGCUCGUGGUCGCGGCGGUCACGCACCGGCCACUGAGGCUGGCGCUCUGUGA